AUGAAAGUUCUUAGUAGGGUGGAUGAAGAGACUUUGACUACAGUGAAACAUAUUUAUAAUGCCCGUCAGAAGUUGAAAACCGAGGCAAUGUGUGGUAGGUCUGUGAUGCAACAACUAAUGAAGGUGAUUGUUGAUAAUAACUAUCUACAAUGGCAUCGUGAAGAAGUGGGAACAAAUGUGAUACAAAAUGCCUUUUUUGGAGAUAGUUGGUAUAGUUCCAACUGGAAAAAAUUUUCCUGUCGCCUUUGCUUGGUUGAGAAACGAAAAGGAAAUAAAUUACCAAUGGGUCUGGAAUGUGUGAAACAGUUAUUUGAUCCAGAGAAGUUGCCGGGUGUGAUUGUAACUGACAGGGAAUUGGCUCUUAUCAACGUGGUUAGACAAAUAUUUCCUAACUCGGCUCAUCUUUUAUGUACAAGACAUAUUGGGAAAAAUGUGGACAACUAUGUGGGCAAGUUGACUAAAAAUGAAGAUAUUGUCAAAGCAUUUCGUUCUAGAUGGUAUAAGUUAGUGGAUGCACCAAGUGUUGCAUCGUAUGAACAACGAUUAAAAGAAAUGAAUGAAGCCUUUAAGUCUAUGCCAGCUGUGUUAGAUUAUGUGAAAUCUACUUGGUUGGAUCCAUAUAGUGAUAGAUUUGUCAAUGCUUUUACAAUGAACAUCCUACAUUUGGGCACAAGAACGACCAACAGGGUGGAAAGUGCUCAUGCAGCACUGAAAUCGUGGUUAAAGACUUCGACAGGAAGUUUGGAUACAAUAUGGCCAAUUAUUCAUUCGUUUUUGGAAGCCCAGAAACGUGAAAUAAAAGCCUCUUUCCAAAGGUCCCAAAACAGAGAUCCUCAUGUGACAGUGCUACGUCUAUUUAUGUUAUUGAAAGGUCGAGUAUCACAUAAGGCUAUACGCUUGCUUGAUAAUGAAUAUAAACGUGCAAAUGAAGUUGGUGUUGAUGGUUUCGUUUGUGGAUGUUAUUUAAGACAUACCAUGGACUUCCGUGUGCUCAUGAAGAUAGAUGGAAUGGAAGAAAGAAAUCAAGUAUUCAACUUACGGAUAUCCACCCUUUUUGGAGGACUCUUAAACUUAGAAGUGUGCUCCACUUACAAUUUAGAUGAAGAAUCUCAUUUUCAGAUCCGGCAUGAUAUUGAUAAGGAAUUGCAAGUGUACUUCAAGGAUAUUCUAGAUCUACCUGAACAAAAACAAACAUGCUCCAAGAAUUCUAAAACUGAACGUGGUGGAUGUGCUUCUACUUCUACAUCAGCUAAAGGUCGUGGUCGUGGACGUGGACGUUCUUCGUUGACACUCUCAAAUGCUUCACAAAUAAUUCCUCCCAAUAUCUUGCCAUUUCAUGAUCAACUCCCCUCCUACAUAGUACCUUAUAUUAGUAGUAUACACAAUGUUGGAGCUGAUGGUAAUUGUGGUUAUAGGGCCGUUUCUCGAUGGAUUUAUGAGGAUGAGGAACGAUGGCCAACUGUUCGGGAAGAGUUAGCUAUGGAGAUUGAGACUAGGUUAAACAUUUACAGUGAUAUUCUAGGAGGUCACGAUAAUGUUAGAUCAACUUUGAUCUCCCUUCAACACUAUGUCGGAUCCGCUACUAAAGAUUACUGGAUGUCAUUACUUGACAUGGGUUUUGUGAUCUCCACCAGAUAUAAUGUGGUUGAAAUGAAAGAAGGUUUUCCUAUGCCGCCGAUUUACCCAUAUUGGCGUCAUCAUCAUGAUCCUAGUGUUGCGGGUUGGUCAAUACCUUAUCAUUCAAGAUUUGAAAGAUGGAAAGUCAUUGCGGGUGUGCGAGAUCAACAAAAUAAUGUAGACCUUUUUGAGCUAGAUCCUUGA